AUGGACGAACUGUUCGGCAGUGAUGGGGACAGUGACAGACGAAAAGAGUGUGUGUGUGCAGUGGUYUCAGCAGUGGCGUCUGGCUCUGGUUCAGGUUCUGAAUCUGAGCCGGAGAUGCCUCGGUCCCGUUCCCAUAGUAACGUCUCCGGCAGCGACAGCGGGAGAGACGAUGAUGGACAAGACGGGGUAAAGCCCAACACCAAGGAGCUGUUUGGGGAUGACAGUGAAGAGGAACGCCAUAGCCGACACAGCGACAACCAAUCAAACCUGUCAGAACGCUCAGGACACCAGUCGGACGCCAGCAUGCACUCGGAGCCCGAGGACAAUGACCAGUCAGACGCGGAGCAGCACAGUGGGUCGGAGAGARGGCCCCAGGAGGAAGAUGGAGAUCKAAGGUCAGAGGCAGGCAGUCCAAUAUCGGGGGCGGGGAGCCCCAGGUCUGGGAGGGGCAGUGCUCGCUCUGAGAAGAGUAUCCAUAGCGACCCCGGCUCCCCCCACUCGGCGCCAGGCACCCCCCAGUCGGCGCCCGGGACCCCCCAGUCGGCGCCCGGGACCCCCCAGUCGGCGCCCGGGACCCCCCUGUCGGCACCCGGCACCCCCCAGGCGGCCCCCCAGUCUGUUCCCGGCACCCCCCACUCGGCGCCAGGCACCCCCCACUCGGCGCCCGGGACCCCCCAGUCGGCCCCCCAGUCUGUUCCUGGCACCCCCCAGUCGGCGCCCGGCACCCCCCUGUCAGACCCCGGCACCCCCCUGUCAGACCCCGGCACCCCCCUGUCAGACCCCGGYACCCCCCACUCAGGKCACGGCACCCCCCACUCAGAUGGGGAGGGGUCAGGCAAGGAGAACCAAUCAGAUGAUGAAAAGUGGGGAGCAGGGGCUAAGAGUGACCAAUCAGAGGAUGAGGAGGAGGAGAAGAAGCGGCACCAAUCGGACGAAGAGCGAGAGAAUUCUGAUGAGGACGGGGCGGGGCACAGGAGCAGGAAGAAGUCAGAGUCUGCGAAGGGCAGUGACAGCGAGGAUGACUUCGUCGGACGGAAGAACAAGAAGAUGGCGUCUGGCUCAGAUUCUGACAGCGACGUUGGAGCCAAGAAGAAGAUGGCGUCUGCCUCAGACUCUGACAGCGACGUUGGAGCCAAGAAGAAGAUGGCGUCUGCCUCAGACUCUGACAGCGACGUUGGAGCCAAGAAGAAGAUGGUGUCUGCCUCAGACUCUGACAGCGACGUUGGAGCCAAGAAGAAGAUGGCGUCUGCCUCAGACUCUGACAGCGACGUUGGAGCCAAGAAGAAGAUGGCGUCUGCCUCAGACUCUGACAGCGACGUUGGAGCAAGAAGAAGGGAAAAGGUAAGAAGCAGCAGCAGACGAACCUGUUUGGAGAGGCAGACGACAUCUCAUACAGACAGUGAUGCUGAGAAACCCCCCACUCCAGGACAACCCCAGGACCAAGAGGAUGGUAUGGAAGGGGAGCAGGCUGAGGAGGAGCACGUCCCAGAGACUCGUAUCGAGGUGGAGAUUCCUAAAGUCAGCACUGAUCUAGGAUCAGACCUCUACUUCGUCAAACUACCCAACUUCCUCUCUGUUGAGCCCAGACCCUUUGACUCCCAGUACUAUGAAGAUGAGUUUGAGGAUGAGGAGAUGUUGGAUGAAGAGGGACGGACCAGGCUCAAACUGAAGGUUGAGAAUACUAUCCGGUGGAGAGCCAAGAAAGACGAGGAGGGGAACGAGAGCAGAGACAGUAACGCCCGCAUCGUCAAGUGGUCUGACGGCAGGUCAGCGCGCGCGCGCACACACACACACACACACACGACCGCAAGAUCCUCAGAGGGCUAGAGGAAGAUGAGUAACACUGGACAGCUGAUGAAGAGGAGUAACACUGGACUCCUGAUGAAGAGGAGUAACGCUGGACAG